CAAAACGUCAUACUGGCGGGCGCGGACCUAACUUUGGAAAAUGGCGGCGGUGACGACAAGAGCUGCCUCACAACCUACAUCUUCAACCCGGUUGAUACCUGCACCGGCACCCCGAGUCCCGAGAAGCUCCUGCUGAGGACACCGGAGUCGGGCCCGAAACUGGGGCCGGGUAAAGAUGUCGUUCCCGCCGCCGAAACACACAUGCACCCGAAUUUCCUCUACGGGAAGAUCCUAGCUGAUGGACGGCCGAAUUUUCUCACCGAUUACGAGGUGAGUUACAAGAAUUGUAACUUCGAAGGGGUGGACCAUGGCAAGUGCUGCGUCGGCGGACAUUUCGGAGGAGACCUGACUUUCGGCCACCUGUACACCAUCAGCAAAAACGACCGCACUGAAGAACGCACCUACGACGAGCCGUACGCCGGUGACUUACCUAGGAGGUCAUGGCUCUGCUGUCCAGGAUCGCAGCAGCACGUGGAUUGCGAGCAGCCGCCUCUGCUGGAUACGGCAACGGCGUCCACCAAAUCUCCGACUACGCCUAAAUCGACGGAGGCCAUCACUACGGCGCCGGGUCUACACGUUUGUUCUGGAGCUUGUGAGAAGCUGCAGCAGCAACUUGAUGAGCAAGCGCAACGGUAUGAGGAGCAGCUUACAGAGUUGCAUUCGGUUAUUGCCGAACUAACCCGAAAGCUGCAUCAGCAACGAGCGAUGGCAAUUGCUGAAGAAGACGAAGCGUCAGAAUCUUGUACAAGUGUUCAUGAUGAAUCGAUGACAUGCCCAUUGGAAGUCAGUGAAUUGGAACCACUCGAUAAUGAAUUGUCAGAUAUCGAUAACAAAAUGCCUUCUUCCGAGAGCCCGCAAGAACUACCCGAGCCGAAACUAGUUUCCUCCCAUCUUGAAAACACCGAACUGUCUCCGUACUCCGAAAUGGUGGAACCUCUCAAGAACGAGAUCGCCAGCCUGAAGAACCAAUUGCACGAAGCGCACGUUCGGCUUGCACACCUGGCACUAUCCAGGAUCGAAGAAACUGCCGAUGAGGAGACUGUUACCGACGGAAAAAACGCCGACUCGCCCGAAUCCCACAUAGAAGCUGAUUGCGAUCCGAAGAUGUACCGUGAAGAUAAUAACGUCGACGUGAAAUAUGGAAAUAUAGUGCCGAUACACAGGUUAGGAGAACGAUACGUCAAUUUUAAACAUUUUGUAUUCCAUUCCAUUUCAUUUAUCACAACUUGGCGACUUUUGUGUUUGGGCUUGGGCCUGCACCCAUACAAAAUCCAACUGGCCCUGAAACUAAAAGUAAACGACUAUAGGCAACGACGUUUGUUCGCUGGAUGGGCUCAGGAACAAUUAGCCUUGUUGUGUGGCAAAUAUGAGUCCAACGCCAUUGCUCUUAGAUUAGCGCUCGGCAUUAGCGAUAGAGCGAUAGAAGCCUACGAUGUCCUUCUUGCUUUGUUGGAAACAGAACUCAGCCUGAAAGAAGAUGACCCCGAGACACUUCGGAAUCGAAGCGCUGCAGAAACGGUUGCCAAGCAACUGCUGCAUCAUCUGGAUUCCUAUCAGAGCACCGACAUUUUGCUGUCGCCGUGGCAGAAUCAUGUUUACAGCAGUCCCAAUGUGGAUAGCGAAGAACAAUGGACUCCUGGUCAUGAAAUGAGACUGAGGGAGCACGUAUCGAGGCUCAAAGCAGAGAGGAGCAAUAUCCAGGGAACGUACGUUGUUUUAGAAUCAACUCAAGUAGAGAAUGUACCUGUUCGUCCUUCCAGUAGUCAAGAAGCUAGAAAAAUGGACCUUGAAAUGGCUGUUUUGAUGCAGGAAUUGAUGGGUCUACGAGAAGACAAGGCUGAACUGAUGUCCAAACUAUUUGUAUUAGAGAAAGAAAAAAGUGCAAUUGAACUUAAGCUUAGGUACGCCGAUGGGCAGCAGAAGGCCCAGUCCGCUGCGCUGAAGAAUCUCCAAGGGCAGUUGAAAGACACAGAAGCGCUCCUUGCAUUGGCGACUCAAAACAAGGAGAGGGGUUACUCUGACGCGGAACAUGCGCAGGGGGUGGAACUCGAACUGAUGCAGGCUUUGGCGAGAGAGGCAAGACUGAAAGUUAGGUUACAAGAAUUAGUGACGACUUUGGAGCAGGUCACUAAGAACGCCGAAGCCAGGUUGUUGGAAGGGCGGGAAAUAGUACAAGAUCUUAACAAUACUAAUAGCAUAUUAAUCGACACUGUAGAUAGAAAUAAUAAGAAAUAUCAAGCUAAGUUUAAGAAAAUGGAACAUCAGAUGUUUAUCAUGGUAGAAAAACACACAGCACAGGUUCAGAACCUCCAGCAAAGGAUAGCUACCUUAGAAACGCCUCCAACCAACAGUUCGGAAAAUUCCAUAAACUCUGUAGCAGUCUAAUUUUAUCGGUGUAUAUUAACAAAUCCUUCUUGUUGAGUUGAUCUCA